AUGAAACCAACUCCCCAUGGAGAAGAGGAGUAUGACGCGUGGGCAGAGCAGACCACCCACAUGUUGGAUGAGUGGCAGUGUUCUGAUGUGGUCAAGAAGCAGAGAAUAGCGGAGAGUCUUAAAGGGCCAGCAGCAGACAUUGUCUGGGGUCUGAGAGCCACUAACCCCCAUGCCACUGCCAGUGAGUAUCUUAAGGCCCUAGAAACAGCUUUUGGGACCACAGACAACGCUGCUGAUCUCAUGGUAAGAUUCCGUAACACAUUCCAGCAAGAAACUGAGAAGCUGUCAGAGUACUUACUCAGGCUAGACAAACUGUUGCAUGCCGUCCAUCGGAAAGGGGGAAUUGACGUGGCUGACAUGAAUCGGGCUCGCAUUGAACAAAUUGCAAGAGGUGCUCUCACCCAUGAUCUUGCUGCCCUUCGUAUAAGAAUGACUUACAAAUUAAAGCCUCCUCCAAGCUUCACUGAGCUACUGCGUGACGUAAGAGAAGAAGAGGGAAUGGUCCUUGAAAGAGAAAGGGUAAAGACGGUUGCUUCUUCAUCUGUGAUUAGGUGUGCAGGGUGUGCUACAGCUUCAGUGGUGCCUAAACAGCCAGAGCCUACGCCAGUACCUGUCAUAGUGGAGAAUGACCCUGCGAUAGAGAGUCUUAAAAAGGAACUUCAGGGGCUUAAAAGUGAUGUUGCACGCCUGCUGUCUGCCUCUGUAGCCACAUCAGGAAGUUCACCACAGCAUGUAGCCCAGAAAGCUGCUGGAAAAUAUGCACAUGGAAAGGAGAGAGCUCCCAAACCUCAGUACUGUGCUGAUGUCUUUUGCUACAGGUAUGGUGAAGACGGUCACUUCCAACGGGAGUGUGAAAACCCAGAAAAUCUCAGGAAAGUGAAUAAGCGUCUCCUGAAAACAAAACAGCCGACGGGAAACUUCCCAGGGGCUCAGUAG